CCCAUCCUAAGGCUCUCUUGUUGUCAACCAAAAGUCUCCCUAAAAUCUCACAACCAUGAAGGAUGCACAACAAACUAGUGAGAGAAAUCGAAAAUUCAGCAAGCGGUUCACGAGAAGUAUUACAUUGACACGGGAAACUAUUGUAGGGCAUCAUUUUGCGGCUAAGUAAUGGCCGUGGCGCGCCUUCUCGGGCCACUGACUUUCUUGUGCAUUAUUCUCCUCUUGAUCACCCUAACACCUGAAAGGACUGAUGCGAUGUCCCAGUCCGAUGCUCUGCUCAAGCUGAAAAGAUCGUUCACGAAUACGAACAGCCUCGACUCCUGGUCGCCUAGCUCCGAUCCCUGUGAGAGGACAUGGGAAGGAAUCAUUUGCUACAAUGGAAUCGUUACGGGGCUUCGGCUGGGAGAAAUGAACCUAUCGGGGAAAAUCGAUGUCGAUGCCUUACUUGCAAUCCCGGGACUCAGGACCAUCAGUUUUGUCAACAACUCGUUCUCCGGUCCGAUUCCUGAGUUCAACCGUAUGGGUACAUUGAAGGCCAUUUACCUAUCGGAUAACCAGUUCUCCGGAGAGAUAGCGGGGGAUUACUUCGCGAAAAUGGGAUCGUUGAAGAAGCUCUGGCUAUCUGAGAACCAAUUUACCGGGAAUAUCCCCUCAUCGAUAUCGCAACUGUCACAUCUCAUUGAGUUGCAUCUCGAGAACAAUCAAUUCAGUGGCGAAAUACCAUCUAUCGACAUACCAACAUUGACGUCCCUCAAUGUGUCCAACAACAAACUCAAAGGAGAAAUUCCUCCAAGUCUCUCAAAGUUUGACGAGAGUUCAUUCGCUGGGAAUGCCGGCCUUUGCGGAGGAAAGCUAGGCCAAGAGUGUCCUAAGGAAGCUGAGGUGCCUAUGCCACCGAACGGCAAUCAAGGGUCCGGUAGCAAUGACACUUCGAGCAACAAUCAAGGCACUGACAGUGGAGGAAGCCAUAAGAGUAGCUCCAAGAUUAUCAUUGCGGUAGUCAUAGUACUGGUGCUGAUUUUGAUUGUUGCAAUAUUCGUGAUCCUCAGGAUGCAAAGAAGGGGAAAGGUGGAAGAGGCCAACUUCGACGUGCUAGCCAAGGAAAGUGCCGAUGAACCGCCCAUUCAGAGAAUCACAUCGGGAUCCAACAGGAAGGAAAUGGAACUACCUAAAAAAGGCAGCCUGAGCAACUUGAGCCGCAAGGGAUCCAACAGUCAGUCAAGGGGAUCGGUGAGCGUAGAUCUCGUUCUGUUGAACAGAGAGAGAGGGAACUUCGGAAUGGCGGAUUUGAUGAAGGCUGCGGCAGAAGUGCUUGGAAACGGGGGACUGGGGUCGUCGUACAAGGCCGUGAUGUCUAAUGGGCUUACCGUGGUGGUGAAGAGAAUAAGAGAGAUGAAUGGGAAGGAAAAAGAUGAGUUUGACAUGGAGAUGAGAAAGCUUGGGAAGCUACGGAACCCGAACAUCUUAGCGCCUCUGGCUUAUCAUUACAGGAGGGAUGAGAAACUACUGGUUUGUGAAUACGUUCCGAAAGGCAGCUUGCUUUACUUAUUACACGGUGAUCGUGGACCUUCCCAUGCCGCUCUUGAUUGGCUGACGCGCUUGAAGAUCAUCAAGGGAAUCUCCAGAGGAAUCGGUGUCAUACACAACGAACUUGCUUCUUCAGACUUGCCCCACGGCAAUCUUAAGUCGAGCAAUGUACUUCUUGGAACCGAUAAUGAGCCUUUACUUGCAGAUUAUGGAUUUAAGCAAUUGCUCAACACGUCCAAUGCCCUACAAUCACUAUUCGCAUACAAGGCCCCUGAAGCUGCACAGUAUGGGAUGAUAUCUCCCAAAUGCGACGUUUACUGCCUUGGAAUCAUAAUUCUGGAAAUCCUUACGGGGAAAUUCCCAUCACAAUACUUGCAUAACGGCAAGGGUGGGACUGAUGUGGUUGAAUGGGUGAUAGCUGCAAUCUCCGAGGGAAGAGAAGCCAAACUGUUUGACCCCGAGAUCACAAGCUCGACGAAUUGCUUUAACGAGAUGGAGAAGCUACUUCACAUUGGCGCAGCUUGCACGGAAACUAACCCUGAGCUACGGUUAGACAUGAAAGAAGCCACCCAAAGGAUAGAAGAGAUACAAAUCGAGGGGAACCACGACGUGAGAGCAAUUCAGGUUUUUCCAUCGCUUCGAGAUGGAUAUGCCGACAGUCCCACCAGAUCGGCUGAAUUACACAACCCAUCGGCCCGCCGAGAAGAUGAUAGUUUCGUGUUCCCUAUAUCAUAACUUACUAGUGAUAGCUAUUAAGGAUCUCGUUCCCAAUAGGCUUUUAGAGAUCAGAACUACUUAUUUUGUUUUCCAUGGAGUUUAAAGCAUUAGAAAUGAGUUGUUUCGGGACAAUAUUGAAAUGUUAAUGCUUUCGAGAGCAGAGAGGGCGCACAAGAUUGUAAAGAUUCUUGUGCUGAAGUACAUAUUAUAAGCUGUGAGAUAAAUCAUGUACAUUGUGAAACCGUGCUGCUUCUAACAUACUACUAGUUUCC